UAUUUCAACGCAGUGUUAGUCGAAGAAGCGUAAAUGCUGAUAUGAAAAUAUUUUCAAAGUUUGUUGGGAUCCCGCGUUGUUCCAGCAUGUCCUGCUCCGUAGAGUCCCCUCUACGUUACUCCCCUGCAAAACCAGAAGCCUCCACACUUUCUGUUGACGAAUCUUCCCGUAUGGGAGCAGCCAAACGUAAGAAAGAAGAGGGCUCCAGCGACCAUGAGCUUGAUAAAGUUCCAGUGGGCCGACGGAAGCGAGCCCGACUUCGACACGCCUCAACUUCGUCGACUGCUGCCGGUGUAAUAAUGGACUCCGAAAUCAAAACAGAACAGGAAGAAAUGGAAAAAGAGCGCUGGAAGCGCCGUAUGUCGGAGCGCCGCCACGCACUGGUCUGCCCACGCGAUCCACUGAGCCUGGAUCCGGCAUUUCCUAACGUUGCGAUAUCACCCGGCGUCAACGAAGAAGUGUCCCCAUUCAGCCGUCGACCAGCCUUCCCCCACAGAACGCGUAAAGAUCGUUUCAUUGGGCUGCCGAAAAACGUUGAUCGCCAUGAUCCUCUGCAGUUAAACGAGCAAAUUCAGGCUUACAAUCGCAAUUCCCAUUCCUUUACCGGUCCGGAUGGUACUAUCUACGCAUCCAAACGUGAAAUGCUAGCCAAUAGAUUUCGCUACGGAAAUUACAACCGGUAUUAUGGUUACCGUAUUGUUGACCAAGAUCCCCGUUAUCGCUUAAUGCAGGGCGAAUGGUUCAGAGGGAAAGACUGUUUAGAUAUUGGCUGCAAUACUGGACAGUUCACAUUGGCGCUCACAAAAUCUUUCACACCGCGAAUGAUGGUUGGGAUUGAUAUCGAUAAAGAACUGAUAAAAAUAGCCAAACGCAACAUACGCCAUUAUAUCACGGAUGAUUUGUGCGAAAGAGAAGGCUUCCCCAAGUCACUUCCCAUUCUUUUCGGACCGAUAGCCGCGCCCGCUGUUAAUAGUGGGCUUUCUGACGAAGCACAAGAAUUUCCGUAUAACAUUGCGUUUCUUCAUUGCGACUAUGUGGCGUCCGGAGUUGACCCUGCCUCCGAAGCGGGAGAAUUUGACACCAUUUUAGCUUUAAGUGUUACAAAAUGGAUUCACCUUAACUGGGGAGAUGAAGGGUUGAAGAGGUUCUUCCAGCGCACCUUCCACCACCUGCGCCCAGGUGGACUGUUCAUUGUGGAACCACAAGAGUGGUUCUCGUAUUGCUCGGGGAAAUCCAAAGGCAAACUGACGGUGGAUAUGCGUGCCAUACUUCGGGACAUUCGUCUCAAACCAGAAAACUUUCAGGAAUAUCUUUUAUCCUCGGAAGUGGGAUAUGAAUCUUGUGUAAAAAUUGAUACCCCGGGCGAUGCCGGUCUUGUUAGAGGUUUCAAACGCAACGUGUACGUAUUUACAAAGCCAUGCCAGAGAAAUGCAUGUUCGUAAAGAGAAUCUCGUGGAUUGACCUUAUUAUUUGGUUGUGUUCUAAAGAAUGGUCUUCCAGAUUGCAAAAUUCGUUUUGUAUUACUGUGUUGUACAAAAGGGUGUUGCUUGUGAAUCCGCCUGCGUUUGAUUGGAAGAAGGCGAGGCAUCAUUUCGUUCUAUAAUUUUUUUGGUGUUUCUGUUAGCGAAUUUUGGUUUUAUUGUGCCCGUCUGCAACAGUUUUAAAACUGCCGAGUUCUUAAAUGAUAAAUUACAGUUUGAAAAAAUGGA